CGUCUGUCUGUCAGGAUGCUGCGCGGAUACAGACCGGCUCCUAUCUCCAACAGUACUCUAUCUUUCUGUGGAACCGAUAACUCGUCUGCCUAUAAGGUGGAUAAUGGGCUGUUGAAUAAUGGGUGUUUUCUGGAUGCUCUGGGAGUUGUUCCGCAUGUCUUCCUCCUCUUCAGCACCUUCCCCAUCCUUUUCAUCGGUUGGGGCAGUCAAAGCUCUAAGGUCCACAUUCACCACAGCACCUGGCUGCACUUUCCUGGCCAUAACGUCCGUUGGCUGCUCACAGCUGCCCUGCUGUUCGUGCUUGUGUGUGAGAUAGCAGAGGGGAUCGUCUCAGAUGGGUUUAACCAGUCCCGCCACGUCCACCUCUACAUGCCAGCAGGGCUGGGAAUACUGGCAGCUUUAACCUCUAUAGUCUAUUACCAUAACAUAGAAACCUCCAACUUUCCCAACUUACUUCUAGCUCUACUCAUCUAUUGGAUUUUGGCCUUUGUCACCAAAACCAUCAAGUUUGCCAAGUUCACUGAGCACGGCAUCGGAGUGGGGCAGCUACGCUUCUGCAUCACAGGCCUGCUGGCUUUGUUCUACGGCCUGCUGCUGGCUGUGGAGGUCAAUGUUAUUCUACGCUGGCGCUACGUGUUCUUCCCUCAUCCUGCCGAACAGAAGCCACCCAAGGACCUGCAAGACCUGGGGGUCCGCUUCCUCCAGCCCUUCGUCAAUCUGCUGUCUAAAAGCACAUACUGGUGGAUGAACACCUUCAUUACAUCUGCCCACAGACGGCCUAUUGACCUGAAGACCAUUGGCAAGCUGCCCAUAGCCAUGAGAGCCAUUACCAACUACCAGAGGCUACGAAAGGCCUUCGACAUACAAAAGGAGAAAGGUGUUCUCCCAGUGCAUGGUUCACGGUGGAUAUGGCAUGCUCUGCGACAGGCUUUCGGCAGGCCUUUGUUCCUCAGCAUCACCUUCCGCUUCCUGGCUGACCUGCUGGGCUUUGCCGGACCGCUCUGCAUCUCAGGCAUCGUCCACCACAUCAGCCGUGACAACCACACCAUCAAAGCCCCGGUCAAGCUGCUUGGGGUCCACUUCAUUUCCUCUCAAGCCUUCUUAGCAAAUGCCUACGUGCUGGCCGUGCUGCUCUUCCUGGCUCUGCUCCUCCAGAGGACCCUCCUUCAGGCCUCCUUCUACGUAGCCAUAGAGACUGGAAUUAAACUGAGAGGAGCUAUUCAGUGUAAGAUCUAUAAUAAGAUCUUGCGUCUGUGCACCUCCAAUAUGUCUAUGGGGGAUAUGACCAUCUCUCAGAUCUGUAAUCUGGUGGCCAGAGACACCAACCAGCUCAUGUGGUUCUUCUUUCUGUGUCCUAAUCUGUGGGCCAUGCCAGUACAGAUCAUUGUUGGUGUGAUGCUGCUGUAUUACCUGUUGGGGAUCAGCGCUCUGAUUGGAGCAGCAGUGAUCACUGUUCUGGCCCCCAUGCAGUACUUUGUAGCCACUCAGCUCUCGCAUGCACAGAAAAGCACGCUGGAGUACUCUAGCGAGAGACUGAAGAAGACUAAUGAGUUGCUGAGGGGCAUUAAGCUGCUGAAGCUGUAUGCCUGGGAGCACAUCUUCAGGUCCAGCGUUGAAGAGACGCGGCAGAAAGAGCUGACCAGCCUCAGAGCCUUUGCUCUGUACACAUCUCUGUCCAUUUUCAUGAAUGCAGCCAUUCCAAUUGCAGCAGUUCUUACUACGUUUGUGGUACAUGUGCACGUGCACAGCUCAGCCGACACUGAUCUGUCCCCCGCUGUGGCCUUCGCCUCCCUCUCACUGUUCCACAUUCUGGUCACACCCCUCUUCCUGCUUUCCAGCGUCCUGCACUCAACGGUUAAGGCUCUUGUAAGUGUGCAAAAACUGAGUGAAUUCCUUGCCAGUGGUGAGAUUGAACAUGAUCAAGAACCCAAAACACCUCCCCCAACUAAUACAAGCGACCGGAGCCAAAUCAAGUCAGUUUACAUGCUCCAGCUCCAGGCCUCAAAGCUGGUCAACCGUAAGAACAAAACUAAGCAGGAUGAGAAUAGCAACUUACCUCAGCAAGACCAAGAACUGAACGCUUUUGCUGCCAAAGAUGAGAAUAUCUGUAUCAAGAUCGUCAAUGGUUAUUUCACCUGGACUCCAGGAUGCCCCACUUUGACCAACAUUGAUAUUAAAGUUCCUUUUGGUCAGUUGACGAUGAUUGUGGGUCAGGUCGGAUGUGGCAAGUCCUCUCUAUUGCUGGCAGCUCUGGGAGAGAUGCAGAAAAUCUCAGGAAGUGUCACAUGGAACAGAUUACCAGAUCAGGAUGAAGAAGGAAAUGAAAGCAAAAGAUAUCCAGUGGCUUAUGCAUCUCAGAGGCCUUGGCUCCUCAAUGCCACUCUUGAGGAGAACAUCCUGUUCGACAUGGCCCCCAAUGAAAAAAGGUAUAAGGAAGUGAUCGAAGCCUGCCAGCUGCAGCCUGACAUUGACACCCUUCCUCAUGGAGACCAGACUGUGGUUGGAGAGAGGGGAAUCAUUCUGUCUGGAGGUCAGCGGCAGCGCAUCAGUGUCGCCAGGGCACUUUAUCAGGAAACCAGUGUAGUGUUCCUGGAUGACCCGUUCUCAGCCCUGGACAUCCACCUGAGUGACCACCUGAUGCAAGAGGGCAUCCUGAAGCUGCUCAGACAAGAGAAGAGGACAGUGGUGCUGGUGACCCACAAACUGCAGUAUUUACCACAUGCAGACUGGAUCAUAGCCAUGAAGGAUGGGACAGUCCAGACUCAAGGGACCUUAAAGGACAUUCAGUGCGCUGAGCCUGAGCUGUAUGAACACUGGAGGACCCUGAUGAACAGACAAAAUAAGGAAGUAAUGGGAGACAGGAGCACUGAGAGCAGCCAAACCAGUAAACAAAGGAAGAGUUUCAGGAAGCCCAUGUACUCCACAGACACCCUCGCCACGGAGGACGAGGAUGAAGAUGGCUCCAUGACCACAGAUGAGGACAGCCUGACAGCGGAGCUAAACCAAAGGGCCACUAUCCCGUGGAGCUCGUUCGGGACAUACCUGCGGGAGGCCGGCCUCCUCCUGCUGCCCCUGCUCAUCCUCUCCCAGCUCACCAAACACUCGCUCAUGCUGGCUAUAGACUACUGGCUCGCUCACUGGACCUCUCAGGCCAUCGCUGCUCGAAUAGACAGCUUUGAUAACAACUGCACAGCUACACAGGACUGUGUGUUCAGUCAUGCUCCGUACCUGCAGGUGUUCUCCAUGCUGUGUUGUUUGGGUAUAGUGUUGUGUCUGGUCACCUCUCUGGCAGUAGAAUGGACUGGUCUGCGAGUGGCUAGGGAGCUUCACUGCAGUCUCCUCCGCACCAUCGUCCUUGCGCCUAUGAGGCUCUUUGAGAUAACCCCUCUCGGGAACAUUCUCAACCGAUUCUCUGGUGACAUCAACACCAUCGAUCAGCACAUCCCAGUCACAAUGGAGUGUUUGAGCCGCUCCACUCUGCUGUGUGUGUCUGCGGUGGGGGUGAUUUCCUUCGUCACACCGGUCUUCCUCAUCGCUCUGCUCCCUUUGGCCAUCGCCUACUACUUCAUUCAAAAAUACUUCCGCGUGGCAUCCAGGGAUCUGCAGCAGUUAGAGGACAGCACCCAGAUCCCCCUCCUGUCACACUACUCUCAGACUAUAGAGGGCCUCACCACCAUCAGAGCCUUCAGGCAUGAACAAAGAUUUAAGAAGAAACUGUUGGAGUACACAGAUGCUAACAACAUCGCCUCCCUUUUUCUCACGGCAGCCAAUCGCUGGCUCGAAGUUCGUAUGGAGUAUAUCGGGGCUUUUGUGGUGCUGAUAGCAGCUGUGGCUUCCAUUACCAGCGCUCUAUACAGCGAGCUCUCAGCUGGAUUAGUGGGCCUGGGCCUCACAUAUGCUCUCAUGGUGUCCAACUAUCUGAACUGGAUGGUGCGUAACCUGGCGGAUAUGGAGGUGCAGCUGGGGUGCGUGAAGAGAAUCAGCAGCCUGCUGCACACCCAGCCCGAGAGCUACAAUGGAGAACUGACUCCGGCUCAGGUUCCGUCAGGAUGGCCCAAAUACGGCGAGAUCCAGAUUGAAAACCUGAGUGUGCGUUACGACAGCAGCCUAAAGCCUGUUCUAAAGCGCGUCAACGCCCACAUCAAACCUGGACAAAAGGUGGGAAUAUGUGGAAGAACAGGAAGCGGAAAGUCAUCCUUCUCCCUGGCCCUUUUCCGAAUGGUGGACACAUUUGAAGGUCGAAUUAUUGUGGAUGGCAUUGAUCUUGCAAAGCUGCCCCUCCAGACCCUGCGUUCCAGAUUUUCCAUCAUUCCACAAGACCCCUUUUUAUUCAGCGGAACAAUUCGCUUUAAUUUGGAUCCGGAGAGAAAGGCCACAGACAGGAUACUGUGGGAAGCUCUGGAGAUUGCUCAGCUGAUGCCUGUGGUCAAAGCCUUACCUGGGGGACUUGAUGCCAUGGUGACGGAGGGAGGAGAAAACUUCAGCCAGGGGCAACGGCAGCUGUUCUGCCUGGCCCGAGCGUUUGUGAGGAAGAGCAGCAUCCUCAUCAUGGACGAAGCCACUGCCUCUAUCGACAUGGGCACUGAGAGUAUUCUACAGAAAGUCGUCAUGACUGCUUUUGCGGAUCGGACGGUGGUAAACAUAGCUCACCGUGUGCACACAAUCCUGGCUUCAGAUGUGGUCAUCGUAAUGAAGCACGGAGCCAUUCUGGAGUACGCUGGACCCGACGUCCUGCUGGAGCAGAAAGACAGCGUCUUCUCCUCAUUUGUCCGAGCGGACAAGUGA